GCCUCUGGCAUCCGGAGGGUGAGGAGGCGCAGCGGAAACAUGGAGGAGAUCGAUGUACCGUCUGUGUCAACUAAACUGCAGAACACAUUGAUCCAGUACCACAGCAUUCCAGAUGACACAUGGAGUGUGGCUAAGAAAUCAAGUGACGUAACAGUCUGGCGAAAACCUUCUGAAGAAUUUGGCGGAUGCCUGUACAAAGUGGAGGGAGUUGUGGCAGAUGUGACAAACAGAGUUGUUGACUAUAUCCGGCCGGGACCUUACAGGCUUCAGUGGGACAGCUUGAUGACCACAAUGGAUAUCAUUAAGGAUUUCCAACAGGGUUGCUGUGUGAUGUCCUACACAACCGCUGGACAACUUUUGAACAUCAUUUCCCCAAGAGAAUUUAUAGAUUUCUCCUACACCACAAAAUAUGAAGACGGUCUUUUAACUUGCGGUGUUAGCAUCGAAUAUGAAGCCGUGAGGCCACACUGCGUCCGUGGCUUUAAUCACCCCUGCGGCUGGUUCUGCGUACCCCUCCAGAACAAUCCUGAGCACAGCUUCCUGACUGGCUACAUUCAGACCGACCUGAGAGGAAUGCUUCCUCAGAGCACUGUGGACUUUGCCAUGGCUGGCUCCCUGGUGAACUUCUACAGCGACCUGCGGAAGGCCUUGAAGAAGUCAUAGACUUAAAGCAGAAUCCUAUGUGCUGCAUUAUUAAAGGGUAACCUACAGUGAGUUCCUUAGACUAGAUGCUUGAAAAUGAUUGUACUGUAAUCGCAUAUUAAUCCUCCAGAAGGGCAGAAUAUUUUUAAAUGAAGACGGCAAUGACAUAUAUUUUAUGAAAUUUAUUCUAUUUGACUGAAGCUGUAUUUUGUAUAAUUUUGCUGUCACAUUGGCCCAUACUGCUGUACAUAUACCCAGCUAAAUGUCAUGAUGUAUUGGUGCUGUUUUUCAAAGUUUCAAUUAGAAAAUAAGAGAUCAAAUGGUAGAUACAUGGUACAGUAUUAUAUAUUUUUACAGAAAAUAUCUGCAGGUUUAUACAACAUUGGGGGCAAUCGCUGUUUGUCUACUCUCUGGGGAAAAAGAGAGGAUGCAACAAUUAAGAAACUCACAGAAGUAAGGCUGGGUUCACAUCUGUGCCGCAGACUCCAUUGCAGAUUCUGUCUGUUUCUGUGGGGUGUCAUUGGUUUCCAUCAUAUAACAGAUUUGGCACGGAAGUUUUUGUUCUCCGUUUUUCUGUUCUAAGAAAGGAACAGAAAAGGGGAAACCACGAAGCAGAAGUAAAUGUAGUCCUUCUCUGCUCUUUAACCUGCAGGCACAUUUCCCAAAAUGUUAUUUCCUUUUAAGUAUGCUACACCUCCUAAUGUUGGUCCUUACAUUUCUAUAACAAGCAUUUCACAUUCAUUUCUAGUGAUAUUUAAAGAGGGUUUCCAGAACACAGCGGGUCCUUCAAAUCCACCUUAAUUACACAUAAAUCGCUUGUAGGAGAAAGUUAAUAAUAUAGUUACCAUUCAAACGUUUUGGGAACCCAGUCAAGUGAAGCUCCUCUUCGGAAAAUCCAGCUUCUGUGGACAUCACCUCCUUCACCAGGUUUCCAGCCUGGGCUAUGGACGUCACUUCCACAAUGGACAAGGCCAGAACUAUUUCUGUCCCCGGCACAUGUGUAGAGGAGGUAGAUUCAGGAGUUUGCACAUGCACCAGGUUCAGGAAUAGCUCUGGCCUCCUCCACAGCAGAAAGUACUUUCUGUCCAUAGCUCAGACUGAAAACGUGACUUCAUACAUGAAAACUGGAAUUUAAGAAGAGGCAUGUGACUUAACCAGGUUCCCAGGGGGCCGAGUGAUUCAACUUUAGAAUGGUAAGUAUAAUACAAACUUUCUUCUACAGGCGAGUUCUGUGUAAUAAGGGUGGGUUUGCUGGACCAGAUGGGUCCUGGAAAACCUCUUUAAUUGGGCUUGAUACUUUCUUGUUUUUAAGUUAUUUUUUAUUAUUUAUAAUACUUAAAGGGGUUAUCCAGGAAUUUGAUAUUGAUAGCCUGUCCUUAGGAUAGGUCAUAAAUAUCUGAUCAGCAGGGGUCCGACACCCAUCACCCCUGCUGAUCAGCUGUUUGAAGAGAAGGCUGCGCUGCCUUCCCUUCAUUGUUUACCUGCUGACCAUUGACCCCCUUUAUCAGCUGCACUCACCGGAGCUCUGGUGAGCACUGUGGACUCCUCACAGCUUACCUUACAUUGGAUAGCAGCUGUGCUUGGUAGUUCAGCUCAGCCCCAUUCAAGUGUACCUAGGCCAUGUGACCAAUGUAUGGUGACAUCACUGGUCUAGGAAGAGGCUUAAGCUCUCACGGAGAACUGCAGCCUCUUUGAACAGAUGAUGCAUGGGAGUUCUGGGAGGUGGACCCCCACUGAUCUGACAUUUAAGACCUAUCCUGAGAAUAGGCUAUCAGUAUCAAAUUCCUGGAUAACCCAUUCAGUUAUUUAUAAUCUAUAAACAGAGAUCUCAGAGAAAUCUUAAGAUAUUUUAUUGGUAAUAUUUUAUAACUUAUUUUAAAUGUUCUGUAGAUAAAGGCUCCAGGUUUGAUUAGUCAUAAUUCUGUCUGUACAGUUUUCGGUUCUUACUCUUGAGUAGUCUAUGAAUACUUUCCUCCUGUAACCUGGAAAAAAUAAAAAGCAGGAUUGUUGCUGCUUACUGAUU